AUGAGUGCUCUAUAUAUCAUUGGAGCGGGUGAUACUGAUCGUUUGGUUGUGCAAAGAGCGAGCGAGGAUGUUCUGAUUUCUUGCUUGGACAGAGUAAACCAUGAAAUAAAGCUAUUGAAAGAUGAAAAGUUUGAUACCGAACGAGAAUUAGAUGCUCUUGGAAUACCGCUGGGGAUAAUAUCGGAAUGUAUUUCAAUGAGAGAUUGCAGACAAGGCACUGAGCUUACAUAUGACGAAGGGGACACAGAACUUAAAAAAGAAUUGUGUUUGGUCGAAAAUGUAAAGAGAAUGCUAGUGGAGAGAUGUCAGUCGGCGUGGGAAAAACUAAAUAAAUUGGAAGAAGUCAAAUUUUAUCUCAAUCUUGAUAUUAAUGACAAAAGCGAAGCUUAUGAAAUUGAUAAAGAUCAACUCACGUUGGAUAAAAAUUGUGCGAAUAUCACAUUUAAAAUCGAUCCUCUCAGGGUAGUGAAAGGUUCUGUUCCAUAUGAAACUUGGCUGGAACAUACACGAAACACCAAGCAACUAGCCGACAACGAACUAGCUGAUACUCUCAAACUUCGAGAAUCUCUUUUUGUGGUAAGAGAAAGAGCCCGCAACGACAUGUUAGCUCAAAGGGACCGCGUGGAUUUUAUCUUGCGUAAACGCAUCUACGAUAUUCAGAGGGUGCGAAAUGAGAUCGAAUGGCAACAGCUGAAAAUGAGGGAAGAAAUGGAGAAGGUGCUGAAGGAAAUCAGAGAUCUGGAGGCUGCUCUUCUGGCGAAAACUGAUGCGUUGAAGUUGGCAGAAACACGACUGGAAAAUCGAUCAUAUAGACCUGGCGUUGAGCUAUGCCGCGACGAACCGGAAAAAGGACUGAAGGAAGAAGUCCUCCAACUUCGCCAAACCCGUAAAGACUUACAAGACAAAAUCGACUGCGCCAAAGCUACCUACAACGCUUUGGAGGACCAACAAGUUAGAAUCGAUAAAGAUCUGGACGACAAAGGUCAGGGGCUUAUGACUGACAUUCGAUGCCUAGACAUGAGAAUUAGACUGAGAACUGGAGAAUUUGCAGGACCCGCAACUUCUACGGAUCGGAAUAUUCAGUUGACUAGGAUGGAGAAAGAGAUUCCGCCUUCGUAAAAUUUUGGUUUGCUCUAUAUCCGUUGAUAUUUGACAUUUUGCCUAGCAUUCCUGUUGUCGAUGGAUAAUAAAUAUUUAAAAUU